AUGCAGAAAUCGCGGAUUCAGAUCUGGCUGUAUCAGCAGAAGGACACGCGCAUUGAGGGCAGAAUUAUUGGUUUUGAUGAGUACAUGAAUCUCGUGCUGGAGGAUGCAGAGGAGGUUUCCAUGAAGAAGCAGACCAGGAAGCCACUCGGCCGCAUCUUGCUGCGAGGAGACAACAUCACGCUCAUGAUGAACACGGGGAAAUAA